UUGACUUGUUUUUUCUUGUGGAUUUAAUUUAAUUUAAUAAGAUAUUGUAUUAUAAGAGCAAAUUAUGAGAAAUGUGUAUAUAUAACAUUCAUCCCUUAUACUGAAUUCCACACACCCUAUAAUUUAUAAUUUUUGUGCGUAAUGAAGUAACCGUGGAAACCAUUCGACCAACAUAAAAAGUUAAUGUAUAGUUAAGGAUUACGUGUAAGAAAAAUCUAAUUCAUAGUAGAAUGUUGCUGUUUAGUCAUGAGUAGUGUUUUUACGAACUCUUGCGUUAAAGUUCCAAGAGAUCCUAUUAGCAAAAUGCCAAAAACAGCAUACGAAAGAAACAGUAAGACUUUAGUAGAUUCGCAUUGUAUUGAUUCGCCAACCAGCACAACAACUUUCCCUGCCGAUGCUUAUGAUAAAAAAGUAAAGGACUUUUAUCAGAGUAUACCUGACUACAAUGAUAUUAAUCAUUUACCUUCAUCAGAAUUUUAUUCAACUUUAAAAAAAUUAAGAGAAAAGAAGAGAGCUGUUUUAGGACUCCCUGUAGAAUAUAGUGAUGAAUACUUACAUAGCCACGGAAAUAAUUCAGUUUUUAAUAAACAAACUAGCAAUUGUUCUAUCGAUGGAUGUGAUAUUAAAAAAUGUCACAAGAUUAAAAAUCCCAAAACCAAUAAUAUAGCAAGGAGAAAAACAUCAAUAGAGAAAAGAGAUUUGGAGGAGCUGAAUUUGCACUUAGCAAACGAAAAUGUUAAUGACAAGAUUCCUGGAAGUUGCUUAAAAGUGAAUCAAAAUAAGAGCAAUGAUAUAAACAAUAAAGAUCGUGGUAAAAGUAAAUCAAGAAAUCAUUCUGCGUGUUCCAUUUCAUGGCAUGAUGACAAAGUUGGACGUGACAAAUGUGAAAUAGACAAAAAGUUUAAUAAGUUUUUUCAAUUAAAAGAAGUAGAUGGUUAUCAAAGAGAUGAGUUUAGAACACAAAGUAUGCCCUCAAGUCCCCUACGUAGUAAAUCUUUUAGAUCGUCAAGUCGCAACAGAAAAAGCUUAACUAUUCCGAAACCUUUUAAAAUGACCCUUAGGGAUGAUGAUGAACGGGUUGUAAGCGGACUUCGUACACUACAGAAAUCGUUUUCAGACGAUAUGUUGGACCAAAAACGAGAAAGGAAGCAAUUUCGAGCCCGGCCCGUACCUAUAGAAUCACGAAUUCCUCUCUACGACAAGAUUCUCGAAGACCAGGCUAUGAGGCGUGCUAUAACAAAAAUAAACAGCGAAGCCGAACUUCGGGCUCAGAUGAAACCGUUUAGUUUCACCAGAAGAGAAGAAAACGGGAUGGCAGGAGUGUGUGAAAGAGCAAUACAUGUUCUACCAAAACCUAAAAAGAAGAAGCGUUUCAAAGCUCGACCAAUUCCGAAGAAUCUUUUCUCUAAUUAUUUCUACGAUAAGAAGAAGCAGGAUGAUUUUUUCAGAUCAAUGAAUCGUCGUAUCAGAGCAGAAGAAAUGUUACAAAACGCCAACUACCCGGGCAGCAUGGCGAACCGCGACCGCAGUCGUCUAUCCACGCCGGCAGCGCACAGUGAUCUGCCAGUAGACCCUUCGCCAGCCGCGCCCUCCACAUUAUCCUCGGACAGAGGCAGAUGCUCCAGUCCAUCUAAAGGAUGUAAAUCGUCCAAAGAUGACUUUAUAACGACCAGCCCACAACCAUUUCGUUUCAAGACAGCUAAUAGGGCGAAUCAAAGGAUGUUAGAUAUAGCUCAAAAAGUGUACCAACCUGGGAAAAACACUGAUAGUAUCAGUGAUUGUAUCGCGAAACCUCGCGCGUACUCUGCAUUGGAACUGAAAGGGGCAGCGGCUGGACGGUCUAACCUGGCAGCUCUGUUGCGAGCUGAGUCCGUGCAGAGGAGGUUCGAAAUGGAAGCGGCUUCCAGUCUAGCUGAGCAACGAAGACGAAUUGAAUUACGGCAAAGAGAUCGCCAGUUACGAUCUAAACCAGCUUGGCAUCUCGUGAAAAACAAUCACGAAGAAGACAUAGCAAUGCGACUACAAACGCGGCGAGAUGAAGAGAGAAUGCGUCGCGAAGAAUUUUUGCAUGAAAUGGAAUUAAUGUACGGUCGAGUGCAACAGCAACCGCUUCUCUUCGAGAGGUACUACGCCCCACGAUCGUAUUCCCCCUGUAACAUUCGCUUGUCGCCGAGGAAAAGCUCAGGCAAGAAACGGGGACGAAGAAACCGUUCCUACCAAAUGACGCUGAGUGAUGGUUUUGACAGCGAUGUGCAAAAAUGUAUGGACAAAAUUGAAAACGAUGAUAAAGUUUUUGGGAAUUCAGAUGACUUGCUUGGCAGCAUUGAUAGAAGCUGCUAAUAACAGUUGAUGUACUUCAUGUACUUCACCUUUAACUUCAUGUUGUAAUAUAAUUUUAUCUUGUAGUGUAACAGCAAAGAUAUCAGUCCACUGGUGGAUAAAUUGUAGUUAUUAACGUUUGUUGCACUAUACCAGAGAUUGACUAGGAUACUAAAUAAACUUCUACAAGAAUA